AUGGCGGAAAUACAGUACUCGGAGAGCCUUGUUCAAGGAUUGAGGGGCAAGGUAGUUGUGUUGACAGGCGGCGCCCAAGGCAUCGGCGGAGCAACGGUAGCACUUCUCAAUUCGCUGGGAGCACACGUCUUCUUCGGCGAUUGGGAUGACUCCAAAGGCCGGAAACUGGAGCAGGACCUCAACAGCGGAGCAUCCAGUGGCGGAUCGGUGUAUUUCCAGAAGCUAGAUGUCCGAGACUAUAAUUCACAGCUCUCUCUGUUCGAUGCCGCAUACAACAAGCACGGCAAGGUCGAUGUCGCCGUUUCGUGUGCCGCAGUCGGGGAACCGGACGGUUGGUUUGAGCCGGAGGAUCUAAACCUCGAGACUGUCCGAAAAGAGCCAAUUCCCGUAAAGAACCACAUCGACAUCAACCUGACCAGUGUCAUCACCUUCUGCAGGAUCGCCCUCGCCUACAUGAAGUCGAACAAGCCCGACGCAUCGCCAAAUGGAGACUUCUCAAAAUCAAUCGUCCUCGUAUCCUCCAUCGCCGGCAUCACGGAAGCACCCGGGCUCUUCGCCUACUCCCCAGCGAAACACGGCGUCAUCGGCCUCAUGCGCUCCCUCCGCCCCUGGGCACCCGUCAAGUACAACAUUCGUGCAAACGCAAUCUGCCCUUGGGCAACGGACACGCAGAUCCUUGGCGCUGUCAAGGAGAAGUGGGUUCAGGAGAAGAUGCCGCUGAACACCCCCGAGGAUGUGGCUCGCUUUAUUGUCCAGUGCGCUGCCGAUAAGGUGUUGAAUGGAGCUGCGGUGUUUGUCUCAGGCGGGCGUGGCUUUGAUACUGAGGAAGGAAUUAACCGCACGCUGCCUCAGUGGAUGGGGGAGCAGAACGCGGUCGAGUUCUUACGCGGGCAGGAAGUCCUGGGUCUGGGCGACAAAUGGACAAGCAAAGAAUGA